CACAUCACCCACCACACAACCUCUGCAAAGAUCCACACAUCCACACGGUACAUACCACUGUAGCAAAUCACCAUGGCCGACUGUUGGGACGCCUUUGGCAGCGAUGACGACGACGAGAGCGACAAUACUGAAGAUCCUGCUGCAGGCACGCUGGCGGAUUCUACUACCCCUCAAGAUUUGAAAGCUGCCUCGGAAAUCUCCUUGUAUCUGGUCAAGACCUUUCUCCAUGCCAAUUCUCAGAUUUCCGUGGCGCAGAGACGGGUUGGCCUGGUGCAACUACCGGUAUUAUCCGACAACCAAGACAAUGAGACUAAUGACAUUCAAGUCCAGGUUUGGCAAGAUGCCUUGAAAGAACGGGGAUUCUCUCCUGUUUCCGUGCUGAAAUUCUCCAUUGAGAAGGCAUCUCCCUUUACUGAUAGUAGCGUUGAUCCAAUACUACAUGAUGCCCUGAUUGUACUAUCCGGAGACACUACCUUUGACCAAUCCACAGUAUGGGAACACCAAAAAAUCUACAGAUCUCUUGUCAAGGGUGGAAUCUUGUUGUUGGUUGUCUCUACUACUGGCAUUGAGAAUGAGCAACAAACAGCUCCUGAUCCCGCCAAGUGGAUGGCGUCGUCAGCCGAUGGAAUUAUUGGACUCGACAAUGGCAGCAGUAGCAGCAAUAGUGAUCCAGUUAAGGUCUAUACAGACGACAAUCGACAAAUACUGGCGCUUCAAAAACGACUCUGCCGCAUCCAAGAGAAAUCGUGUCGGUGGCUGUCGUCCAAACAUUCCGUGGCGCACGAACGGACCAGGGCGCUCGAGGCUACCAUUCCUGUAACAGCCCACGAGUGUCACACCAGCCAACUUACUUCGCUCUCCAUGGAACGAGCCGUACAACGAAUGCAACAAUAUGGAUAUUGUAUUCUACCAUCUCUUUUAAAUGCCACGGAAUGCCUACAAUGGGGUCAUGCCGUGCUGACGGAUCUUCAUCAAGCCUCCCAACUGCUGUUACAGCAAGAAGGGGUGGAUAUUUAUCAUCCUCAUUCUUCUCAAAAGGAUCCUCAGUCCUAUCGAGAACUCUCCAUGAGAGAAGAUCUGCGCAUGGAUCUGAGAGAUGGUCCCCAGCUACAGAAACUACGCGGCGGAAACAAUAAACCCAUUGUGGUCAAAGCAGCCAAUAAUAACAAGGACAAUCCUCCAACCACCAACGAAGAAAACCCCUUUUUUCGAAGACACCCGAGCAUUUUGGAAAUUGUCCAACGCACCAUGAACCCUCAAAAGGGGACACUGUACAAGGGGAACUUUGGGCGACACAACUUUGAAGGCAGUGGCCCCGACGGGAGCUACCAAGACAUGCGAUUGUCGGCCAUUGGGGGCAUUGUCAGCUUGCCCGGAAGUGCCGAUCAAGCAUUGCAUGCCGAUGCCCCGCACCUCUUUGAAACCAUGACGCUUCCGGCGCACUACAUUAAUGCCUUUACCAUGGGAUGUAGUGGGGAGGACGAGUUGGUGGGAUGUACCGCCUUUGUGCACGGAUCGCAUCAGAUCGAAUUCACGGCACGGUACAUGGCAGACGAAGAAGAAGACAACAACAAUCAAGUCUUUGACUUUUUGGUGCGACCUCAAUUGGAAUUGGGAGAUGUCGUGUUGUUUGAUUGUCGAACCCUACAUUUUGGGCUCGGCAACCAAUCCCAAUCUGUGGAACGGCCUCUCUUGUACUGCAACAUGACGCAUGCCUGGUUUCACGACCCCAAGAAUUGGGACAAUCAUCAUCCCAUCUUUCCAAGUAGUGAUGACUACCAGUAACUAACUAGCUAGUUUAUCCCCGGAGAGUGCCUCUUCAGCGAUCGCUUCGUUGCAGGCCAAGUUUCCAGGUUGCGACUUGCUUGACCUACGAAGGAACAAGCUUUAUGUUUCUGUUCUCGCCAGGCUAGCCAAUAGCGAGCACUAAACUAUCCUACCGUAACUCGACUGGUUACGCUGUAGUA